GAGAGUCUAACCAAGAUAGCCAGCCAGACAGAGCACAAGAUAUGUACAACAUAUGCACACCUAAAAAGUAAACUUUCAUGUGUUAUAUAAUAAAUUAGCUUGCGUGAGUCCCCCAUCCAGUACAUUGUCCCGUCCACCAGGCUCAGCCCAGCAAUAGGUCUGCUGGCCUGGCCCGCUCAGGCAUCACACACAUCAGGCUGCAUGAGUUCAUUGUGUGCUGCACAUCAUGGUAUUACAUGUAUAUCCAUAAGAUGUUUAUUUCAAGGAUUAUGAGUGCUUGAAGAACAGCUAGUUGUGGCCCCCCCUGAGGGAGCCCUUGUGGUCAGAACACCCGCCCUUCAGGGGUUCAAGAUCAUGUGGGAUGUGCUCACUACUCCAGGUCCAUAACUCUUAGAGAAUGAACUCCAACACUUAAGCCCUGAACUUAGAUAUUUAGAUGAAUUGUAUGUUUUUAAUCAGUUUGUCAUAUUCCAACUUUGCCCUGAGAGUCAGUUUUUUACUUAGUUUUUAACCCGUCCGCUGCGAUUGGCACGGACUUGGCUUUCACUGGUAGCCUGGUAACGUAUAGUCCCAGGUCUUUCUCUGCCUCUGUGGUGGAUAGUGGAGUGUUUCCCAUGUGGUAUUGGUGUGCUGGAUAUCCCUUCACUGGUAGCCUGGUAACGUAUAGUCCCAGGUCUUUCUCUGCCUCUGUGGUGGAUAGUGGAGUGUUUCCCAUGUGGUAUUGGUGUGCUGGAUAUCCCUUCACUGGUAGCCUGGUAACAUACACUCCCAGGUCUUUCUCUGCCUCUGUGGUGGAUAGUGGAGUGUUUCCCAUGUGGUAUUGGUGUGCUGGAUAUCCCUUCACUGGUAGCCUGGUAACAUACACUCCCAGGUCUUUCUCUGCCUCUGUGGUGGAUAGUGGAGUGUUUCCCAUGUGGUAUUGGUGUGCUGGAUAUCCCUUCACUGGUAGCCUGGUAACAUACACUCCCAGGUCUUUCUCUGCCUCUGUGGUGGAUAGUGGAGUGUUUCCCAUGUGGUAUUGGUGUGCUGGAUAUCCCUUCAUUGGUAGCCUGGUAACAUACACUCCCAGGUCUUUCUCUGCCUCUGUGGUGGAUAGUGGAGUGUUUCCCAUGUGGUAUUGGUGUGCUGGAUAUCCCUUCACUGGUAGCCUGGUAACAUACACUCCCAGGUCUUUCUCUGCCUCUGUGGUGGAUAGUGGAGUGUUUCCCAUGUGGUAUUGGUGUGCUGGAUAUCCCUUCAUUGGUAGCCUGGUAACAUACACUCCCAGGUCUUUCUCUGCCUCUGUGGUGGAUAGUGGAGUGUUUCCCAUGUGGUAUUGGUGUGCUGGAUAUCCCUUCACUGGUAGCCUGGUAACAUACACUCCCAGGUCUUUCUCUGCCUCUGUGGUGGAUAGUGGAGUGUUUCCCAUGUGGUAUUGGUGUGCUGGAUAUCCCUUCACUGGUAGCCUGGUAACAUACACUCCCAGGUCUUUCUCUGCCUCUGUGGUGGAUAGUGGAGUGUUUCCCAUGUGGUAUUGGUGUGCUGUAUAUCCCUUCACUGGUAGCCUGGUAACAUACACUCCCAGGUCUUUCUCUGCCUCUGUGGUGGAUAGUGGAGUGUUUCCCAUGUGGUAUUGGUGUGCUGGAUAUCCCUUCACUGGUAGCCUGGUAACAUACACUCCCAGGUCUUUCUCUGCCUCUGUGGUGGAUAGUGGAGUGUUUCCCAUGUGGUAUUGGUGUGCUGGAUAUCCCCUCCCAAGGUGCAGGACUUUACAUUUUUCUUCAUUGAAUUGUAGCAGCCAAUUCUUGUUCCAUUCCUAUAACUUGGUGAGGUCUUCUUGUAGGAAAUCCACAGUCAAGGGGCUAAGCAGAAUUUUCCAGGCUUUUUUUCCCUGAUGCAAAUAGUUAUAACCUGUGCGGGGUGAUGAAUGUACCCUCCUUACCCCCCUCC